GCAAUGUAGGAUUUUUCGUUGGACUGGCAGAUGCAAAAGUCGAAUAAAUAGAAAUUUCCAAAUUGUAUAUAGGAAAUGCACUUCUAAUAAUUAAAGUGUAAGGCGCGAGUCGAAUAAGUAACCGAAAAAACGUCGAGUCAGUUCUUCUUGGAUAAGUAGUACGAAUAAAUAUGGUGAUAUUUUACCAAUGAUUUAGUUUGUCUAUACGAACUUAGAACACACUUAGGCUUUUUAAACCUCCUUAACACUGAUAUUUUCGAAGGCAAUGCUGGGCGUUCCAACAUAUAGAAAAAAAUGGAAGUUUAUCCUCUGCUAUUACAAAAUUCUCAAGCAAUUAUUGGUCGAUAAGAACAAGAAGUAGAAAUGCCAAGUGAAACCCAAAAUGCCAUGUAGAACUUGCAGAAUCUUCGGGAGCCACUCAAGCAGCCAUUUCAAUUCAUGGCCGCCAAGCCGCCAUCAAAUGGAAUACGGUUGCCUUGAACUGCCAUAUUAGUAAAUAAUAAUUGGGUCUCAACAUUGAAAAAUUCCUUUAAAAAAUACUAUUUUUCAAUAAAGCGAACAUAUUUUCGUACGCAUCACUGAGUAUUUUCGAUCAUUUCUGAUUGAUGUGUAAUUUUCCGAAGUGUUUAUAAACUAAUAUUUUUUCGCAGUUGAAAAAGCAAACAAAAACUGCUAUUGGCUAGCUUCGGCAAAACAUUUCAUAUUUUUCAUUAAAACUGCAGCAUGAUUUUAUAUGAGAACUUCAACACCAUCAAUCAAACUUUGCCGCAUUUUGAACGACACGAGCACUUCGCGAUGGAAACCCCCAAUCAAAGUUGCAGCGCACUACUUACACUGCCGCUGGAGGAGAGAUGUACCUAUAUUGACCAUUCCACUGCCUGCAGCACGAAUGUUUAUUUGAUCAACUACAUAAACAUCAUCUUCUGCAAAUUGCGAAUAUCCACAAUAUUGGGCGCCGCAGUUACAUCGAUCGUACUGCUCAUAAUUAUCUGCCUUUAUUUCAUCAUUUUCGGUGCUGCUGCAGAUUUGUUCUUUUGUCCUGCUCUAGCGGUGCUCGCACGCAUGUUAAGGAUGAGUGAAAAUGUUGCUGGUGUUACAUUGGUCGCUUUUGGUAAUGGGGCUCCCGAUAUAUUCAGUAGCCUAGCUUAUCUCGAAAGCAACACUCAUCGAUUGUACGCAGAUAUUUUCGCUUCCGCACUCUUUGUGGUUCUCAUUGUGGCUGGCGUUAUUUUUUAUGGUUUUCCAUUUGCGGCACAACCCUAUUUACUGUUACGCGAUGUGCUCUUCCUUCUACUUGAUAUUUGUGUUAUCGAUUUUAUAAUUAAGAAAGAUAAUGCUCUAUCCUUGAUUGAUAGUGUGAUCACACUUUGCAUUUACUUUUGCUACUUAUUUGUGGUUAUAUUUGAUCAGUAUCUAGUGCGACGUGCUACAAAGAUAUUGCAGUUCAGGAGGAAUACCUUGAAGAGGCUCUCUAAUAUGGAACUUAUUCGUCUCAAUGAUCUACGCACACAAGGUGCGAUUCGGCAGCAAAAGAAGUUGUCUUUUCUGGAUCAUCGCGAACCAAGUAUCAUGUAUACAGAUUCGGUUGUUUCGACCUUACCAACACUUUGGCAACAAUUCUAUCUAAGCCUUAAGCCAUAUGAUGAAAUCGAAUGGGAAAGAAGCAAAAUGCCGAUGAAAGGCUUCAUUAUAUUGCGUUUGCCUAUAUUGGCUAUACUGAAGAUAUUCAUACCAAUCACCGAUCAAGGAGAAGAAGGUCACGGCUGGUCGCGGCUCUUGAAUUGCGCACAAAUGGUGUUAUUGCCAUCGUUUAUUUGCUACGCUACCCUGAGCAAGUAUUCGCUAUUUGGCUUACCCAUUUUCGUAUGGUCUAUUUUGUUAGCACUUCCAAUGGCAUUAAUAGUGUUUAUAAAAACGGCCACGAAUCGUACACCUCUUUAUCAUCAGUAUUUCUCCAUUCUUAGCGUUGCUGGUUCGAUAUUCGUUGUACGCAUUUGCUGUGCAGAGAUCGUCAAUGUGCUCGCAGUCCUCAGCAUCUUUACUGGUUUAAGUAGUUCCUUUUUUGGUGUCACUCUUUUAUCUUGGGCAAAUAGCAUAGGUGACUUAAUUGCUAAUCAAUAUUUGGCGCGGCAAGGCUAUCAGAACAUGGCACUCGCCGCUUGCUUCGGUGGACCUCUAUUCAAUUCUUUACUUGCGGUUGGCUCAACUUUGUUAUAUAAGACUCUAACAUAUGAGGACUUUUUGAUUAAGGAAUUUGGCGAAGGUGUAAUGGGCGAGAAUUGCACUAUAUUCCUUAUAAUUGGCUUGUUUGCCAUUUUACUGGGUGCUCUCACCACAGAUUUCUAUUUUCGCCCCAGUUUCGGUGUUUAUGUUAUAAUUAUGUAUUGUAGUUUUUUCUUAUAUAAUAUUCUUGGUGAAUUUAAAUUCAUACAUCCAUAUGGCACCGAUCAUAGAAUGGAUCAGGCUAUCGAACCGGAACUUUAAUUAGUAAAGAAUGUGUUAUGCCAUACUUACUACUAUUUAUAUAAAUAUAUGGCGUUAAAUGUAAAA